UUGGCGCGACUUUAGCAUACACAUGUGUGUCGCACCCCUACCAGUAAUUUCAAUUUCUUAUCUUAUCAAAUUUAAAUACGUAUUAUAACUUUUUCACGUAUAUCGAAUAUGCCGGAGACGAAACCGAUGAUCUGAUGAAAUUAGUCUUCCAAGGAACUUCGACCUAGGACCAUGGUGCUCGCGAUCGGUGAUACUUUAUCCACGAAGAUCAUGUGGUCGCAAUGGUUAGGCGGUAUCUGCGUGACCUUGCUGACCAUUGAGGUGGGUCUCCUGGGCGGAUGGAGUUCGCCAUACCUGGCGAAGUUGACCGUGGAAGAUUCACCAAUUCCUCUGUCUCCGGAGGAGGCUUCCUGGGUGGCAUCUCUGAUGAACCUGGGCAGGUUGGCAGGAGCAGUGCUCGGUUCCGUCGGGGUCGAGUUCAUAGGCUCGAAGACCACCAUGUUGGUCACCUGCGUGCCGGUGUCCCUCUGCUGGAUACUGACCAUCAUUGCAGACUCCGUGAGCUGGCUGUACGCUGCCAGGUUGUCGGGCGGUAUUGGAUUGGGCAUGGCAUUUAGCAGUUUUCCAUUGUACCUCGGCGAAAUAGCCGAUCCUUCGAUCCGGGGUGCCCUGGUCUCUAUGGCCAUCUGCGGGACACCAGCAGGGAACGUGAUCGCAUCCCUCACAGGGGCCAACCUCCCGAUGACGAUAUCCAGCGAGAUCAACCUGAUACCGUGCAUAGUGCUGAUCGCGCUCUUGUUCUGGAUCCCCGAAUCCCCCCAUCACUUGGUUCUCAAGAACGACAUGGAGGAGGCGAAGAAGUCCAUUCGCUGGUACCACGGGGACGGAGACGCGGAAGCCGAGCUCACGUCAUUGGCCAAAUUCGUGUCAGCCUCGCAGUCCCAGACCUGCUCGCAGAAGAUCAAAGAGAUGACCCAGCCGCACAUCCGGAAGGCGAUGAUCCUAAUCGUCGUGCUCUUCAUGUUCAUGCAGAUGUGCGGCCUGAACAGCGUGAUAUUCUACAUGGAGAUCAUCCUGAAGAGGGGCCAGGCCCAGAUCAUGGCCCCGUCAACAGUCGUCAACAUCGUCGGCAUGUUUGGGGUUCUGGCAUCGGCUCUCUCGAUCUACCUGAUAGAAAAGUGCGGUAGAAGGUUCCUGUUGAUCGCCUCGUGCGCCGGAGUGGCGGCAUCCCUGGCCGCCCUAGGCAUGCAUUUCCUGUUCCUAGACCAAGGUGUGGACUCGGAAUUACUGGAUUGGCUACCCGUCGUGUCUCUGAUCGUCUUUGAGUUCGCCGUGUUCGCCGGUCUCAUGCCGGUCCCCAGCACCGUCCUUAGCGAGCUCUUCCCCGCGAACGUCAAGUCCACCGCCGCCUGCUUCGGGAGCGCCUCCUCGGCCAUUUUCGCCUUCGUGUCCAGCAAGACCUAUCAACCCAUGGUGGACGCCUUGGGGGAGCACUACGUAUUUUGGAUCUACGGAGGGAUCGUCAUCCUAGCGAUCCCCUACGCACUGAUUUACAUGCCCGAGACCAAAGGCAAAUCGUUGCAACAAAUUCAGGAGGACCUAGCAAAGACCUAAACCCUGUCAACGGGACCUGGACUAGCAAUGAAGUAACGAGUUAAGGAAACCCGAACACUUAUCCGGAGAGCUGGGAACCCGUCUGCGGAUCACGUCAAAUCUCCAUGACUGAGCUGAACUUCGAGGAGCUCGUGAAGGAACCCGAUCGAAACUAGACAUUUGGAAAACGGUAUAUGUAUACGCGGAUGAGACUAAGUUCCUUCUCCAAGGACUGUGCCGGGUUUAAUUAAGGAUGAACCGCGUACUCUCCGAUUUACAGUGUCUGGAUGCUCGUUUUAGGGAUACUUAAUCGUUUUAAUGCGUUUUUGUUACUCGCCCCUGUCUACGAUAAUGCAUAGAAAUAGAACAAAAGGAACACUCAUGCGGUCUUUCUAAGAGAUGAGAAUGGUGGCGGAUAUUUCGACGUCAGUUUCAGAGGAUUCCGAAGUGCUUUCUUCUAAGAAUAGUUUGUCUUAUCCGUCAGCAAUUAUCUUCUUCGGAGUAAUUAACAAUCUACGAUGUCGUCAGCCCGUAAUGAAGGUGUCCUGGCUAAUAGCCUGACUGAUACGCAUAUAAUUGUCUUCACAGCUGUACAUAUCUUGGCGAUAAGUAAUGUGCAAUUAUGAGAACCUUAAAUCGAAUGAUGCAAUUGUCUCGUGCUUCCGGUCGACCCCCCACCGCCAAUGAUAAGUGCUAUUUGCACACGCUACAUCAAGACACUCAUCUCAAAAUAUAUAUAUAUAUAUAUA